AUGGCUGGCUUCGCCAAGAAGGCGCCGUUCGAUCUCGGAUCUAGUCCCGGCAAGUCAGCAAAACCCAGCAAGAGACUUCCCGCUGAACUAUGGGAAACGAAGCGCCCAAUCAUCACUCGACUGUACCAGGAAGAAAACAAGUCGUUGAAGGAGGUCAUGGAAAUCAUGCAACGCAAGCACCAUUUUGUCGCCACAGUCAAGAUGUACAAGUCGAGGAUAUGGAAAUGGGGCCUUGAUAAGAAGCUCAAGGGCGACGAGGUCCUGGCUAUCAUGCUUCUCAAGCAGGAUCGAGACGUACUGAAGAAACCGACGGAAUUCAGGAUACGAGGUCAGCUUGUGGAUUUGGAGAACAUUGGCCGGUAUCUGAAGCGCAACCCGUCGGUCAUGGCAAAGUUCAAGGCAGGACAGAUUCCCAGUGCGCAGACUGCCCUCGAGGUGACUUGUCGGACUCCUUCGCCGCCCCCGAGCCCGUCAAGAGUAUUGGCACCGACGACGGAGAUGCAGAGUACCGAGCAAGUGCUGUGCUUGUUCCGGGAUUAUAUUGAUGGGUCCUUCUCCUCCGGAGCCUGGCUGUGCGAGUUCGACGUAGACUGUUCGAAUGGUCGGUUCGACCAGGGAGACCGCAGCAACGAUUUGUUCGAGAGGGUCAUUGCAAGCUUUGCUCUGGUGAACCGCUGCAUGAUGACAGGUGACCAGAUCGACCUCAAUGAUAUUCUUGGCCCGGCCUUUGAAUCGCUCAAGGAAAUAGUCGCGGCCGAGAGCCCGAGUUUUGUGGCUCGGACGGUUUGCUUGCUCUGGUACCUGGACCGACACCACAAGCAUGACCUCCUGAGGCUGGUCCUCGACUAUCUCACCGGGCUCGUUCCAAUCGUCUUGGGGCCCCAUCACAGCCUUGCUCAGAUUUGGCGGAGAUUGGGCUCGAGCAACUUUUCGGAUUAUUACGAGCUUUCCAUGCGGCUAUACGCACUGCUGAUUCCGGAUAUCGAGGAACGCGCAGGGUCAGCCAGCUACCUGACGCACCUACUUUACAGCGACUACCUGGACUGUAUGUUCGCCCGCAAAGACGCCGAAGAUUGUGAGGCGAUGCUUAGAAGCCACCUCGCGCGUGCUGAGGCCUCGGGGCAAACGCAACCCUGGCUGGAUGAUAUGGCUCUUUCACACGCAGGCUUGCUUGCAGCUUGCAAGGAGAAUCAAGGGAGGCUGGACGAGGCAGUGGAGGUGCUGACGAUGCACAUGAAUGCGUACAACAUGACGGAGGAGCAGGAAGCGGCUGUCAACCUGGAAAUCGGGGUGAAGUAUUACCGGAUGAGCAACAUACCGGCAGCAAUAGCAUCUUUCAAGUCGGCGGCUCGUAUCGCCCUGACUUCGGACGCAGACGAACGGAUCUCAAUGACGGCAUUGGCGAACUUGGAGAAUCUCCUGCAGCAGACGAACAAGAUGACCGAAGCAGACCGGGUCCAUCAAUACCGACUGCAGCGGCUUUCGGCGUUUGCGGAACAGUCAGUCUCGAUAUCGAAGGGCUUGUGUGACAUGGACGGCGACGACAACAGCGAUGGAACUGGCGAUACAGAAAAUCUGCCAGAUUGGCUAUGGGACUGCGACUACCGUGAAGAAAGCAGCCCAGGAUGGUCCGAAAUGCCACAUUUCGACUGGGCUGAGAAGGCAUCCACUGCCUCGUACACUUGGGCUCCUGGUAGCGUUCUUGAGACGGAAUGGACGAAUACGUCUCAGCCAGUGUCGCCCAUCAUCACGCUCUCAACAGAACACUCGCCUUUCUUGAAGGACAUGAUCGCCGAUCCCAGAGUUGAGUACCUGUACAGAGACGACGGAGGGUUUUCGGUAGACGUCGUUGGUGUGCCGGACAUGGUGUGA